GAUUUUCAGUAGGAUACCUAUUUGUUGUUAUUUUGUUAUUUGAAAAAAACUUAAAAAGCUAUGAAAACAUGACUGAUAAUAAGUUAAGACAACGCCAGGGACAUGAUCAGACGGUGAAGAAACCCUCAGCCAACAGUAACCACAAGGAUAAAGAGAAAAACAAAGGUGUAAAUAAAAUCGCAGCCGUCCAUGAUGAACUACAACAGGCGACUAGUUCUUUCACCCAUCGUUUCUGGACCCGUACCGUAGUCGUCUUAUCGGUUAUGACUGUCGUAUUCUUCUAUAGUAAAAACCAGCCAAAGGAAACUAAAUUUGCUUUGGUCAAAGAGACACUACCAUUGCGUAUGCAAAGAUUCAAAUGCUCCGAAGAAUAUGAAAAUGAAAUGCAACAAUUUCCUCAAUGUGUACCCAACAAAUGUGGACGUUUUGUUGCCGAUAAAUUAAUUGAGCCCAAAGAAGUUGAAAUGCUAUUGCAUAUGGCUGAAAAUAUAAUCGAUUUGGCGGGGUCGUCGGGGGGAGCCUCAAUAUUGGAUAUACAUUCGGGAGCACUAUCAUAUGGUGAUAAAUUUCUGAAUGUCUUUCAAAUGUCCAAGGCAAUGGAUAUCAUAAAGCCAGAACAUUUGACAACCUAUAAUUUGGUUAAGGGCAAAAUAAAGUUAGCCAUUGCUGAGCAAUUUGGUAUAGCGCCAGAACACUUGUAUUUGACAUAUCCCACCUUCUUUUCGCGCAUAACAAAUGUUACCGCUAAAACCAUACAUGAUGAAUAUUGGCACGAGCAUGUGGACAAAGAAACCUAUCCAUCUUUCCAUUACACUUCCUUGCUAUACCUAACAACUUACAAUAACGACUUUAAGGGUGGUAGAUUUGUAUUCGUCGAUGGUAGGGAAGAAAAUCGCACCACCUCUACAGUGGAACCCAAAAAGGGUAGAGUUAGUGCAUUUACUUCGGGCUCAGAGAAUCGGCAUCAUGUGGAACAAGUAUCCGAGGGUACUAGAUUUGCUGUUACGAUAUCAUUUAGCUGUGAUAAAAAACAUUCCAUAAAUGAUCCUAAAUUGGCUUCUCUUAAGCAAUAAUAACUUAAAAAAAUAUUUUCGUUAUUCGAAAAUUUAUAUCCACCGUAACUUGAUAUCCUUAAUAAAAAAAGUAUUAUUUUGAAAUGUAUGUCAAUUUAGAUCAAAAUACACCCUUACUAAACCUAUCGAAGAA